GGAGGAGGCCGCCGCGGGGCCCGGCCUCAGCAUGAACCGCAGCCACCGGCACGGGGCGGGCAGCGGCUGCCUGGGCACCAUGGAGGUGAAGAGCAAGUUUGGAGCUGAAUUUCGCCGGUUUUCACUGGAAAGAUCAAAGCCUGGAAAAUUUGAGGAGUUCUAUGGAUUACUGCAACAUGUUCAUAAGAUCCCCAACGUUGACGUGUUAGUAGGCUACGCAGACAUCCACGGAGACUUACUGCCUAUAAAUAACGACGAUAAUUAUCACAAAGCUGUUUCAACGGCCAACCCGCUACUUAGGAUUUUUAUACAAAAAAAGGAAGAAGCAGACUACAGUGCCUUUGGUACAGACACACUGAUAAAGAAGAAGAAUGUUCUAACCAAUGUGUUGCGUCCUGACAACCAUAGGAAAAAGCCACAUAUAGUCAUUAGUAUGCCCCGAGACUUCAGACCCGUGUCCUCGAUUAUAGACGUGGAUAUUCUCCCGGAAACACAUCGUAGGGUUCGUCUGUACAAGUACGGCACCGAGAAGCCCUUAGGGUUCUACAUCCGGGACGGCUCCAGCGUCAGGGUCACGCCUCACGGCCUAGAGAAGGUCCCAGGGAUCUUUAUAUCCAGACUUGUCCCCGGAGGCCUGGCUCAGAGCACAGGACUGUUAGCUGUGAAUGAUGAAGUUUUAGAGGUCAACGGCAUCGAAGUUUCAGGGAAGAGUCUUGACCAGGUGACAGACAUGAUGAUCGCAAACAGCCGCAACCUCAUCAUCACGGUGAGGCCGGCCAACCAGAGGAACAACGUGGUCCGGAACAGCCGGACUUCCGGCAGCUCGGGCCAGUCCACUGACAACAGCCUCCUGGCCUGCCCGCUGCGGGCAGAAGCGAGCUUCGAGCCGGAGGACGAAGACAGUGACGAGGACGACAUCGUCAUCGAAGACAACGGGGUGCCGCAGCAGAUCCCGAAAGCCGUCCCCAACGCCGAGAGCCUGGAGUCCCUGACGCAAGUCGAGCUCAGUUUCGAGUCUGGACAGAAUGGUUUUAUUCCUUCUAAUGAAGUGAGCUUAGCACCUGUAGCAAGUGGCACAGACACAGAAACCCGCGCUCCGGGUCAGAAACUCUUAGAAGAAGAUGGAACGAUCAUAACACUAUGAAACCUUUGUCUGAGUGCCUUCUGAGGGAGGACGCCGUCGGGACGUGUACAUUUGGCUCGUUGAAAGCAUAUAUACCUCCGAACCCGUGACCUGGAGUAGGCAUGAGAAAAAAAAUAUCGCAAGCUUCACAUGUCAUUAAACUAGUAGUUUGAUCAUUGUUCAUAGAAACUUUGGUUUGUCAGAGGUGAGUUUGAGUCUAAAAGGGGCCUUUGCUCAUGAAAUUCUGUGCUUUUCCUGUCUCGCCUACAGAGAACUGGAGGUCCGGGCGCGCUCGCCGAGAGGGCCCGAUCAUUUCCGUUCCGAGUGGCUGCAUAUUCAACCUGCUGUGCAGAGCCCGUUAGCUUUCUCUUUUAACUGUGUGUUUUUUUCAUUCUAAUGUGAAGAAGUCUGAUUCUGUCCUUUGGUACCUUGGGGACCUCAGCUCCUAUGUUCCUUGUGUUUUAUUUUGAUUUUUUAAUGUUAUUCCUCUGUUGCUGAUUGUGACAAGUAAUUUCUUUAAAUGCUUUUGUCUUCCCCCUAAUUUCUAAGAAAUCCAAUCAAGUGACUGUUUUUGGGAAUUGCUUCCUAUGUCAUAAAGCAUCGAGGCCAUGACAGUCGUCCAGGUUAAGUGCGCUCCUCCUGUGGCUUCCACGUUUACGCACUCCCUCCGCGGGCGCGCGCCUGGCGCUGGUGAUGUGUGAGCCUCCCUCCCUCUCUUCUCUCUCUCUCUCUCUCUCUCUCUCCCCUCAGUGGGGAUCGUUCCUUUUGUUCUUAGUGUUUGUUGGCGUGCUUUUCUACUCUCUGAAUGUAUUUGAGUAGAAUGAAUCAUUUUGGACUUAAAAAUGCACCCAAAUUAAGAGAUUUUUACACACAGAACAAACUUGUGCACUUUGUAUAUGAGAUCGUGGGUUUUCCUUAUUGGGAUUUCUAGGAACACUGCCUACACUUUAUGAAAAAUAAUAUAGUAUUCACCUUGGACAGGUAGCGUUUAUUGCUAUUAAUUUUAUGAGGCUCUUUAGGCUAUUUAUUAUUUUCCGAUGCACCCACUUAAGACAAGUUAAAGGAAAGGCUGCUAGCUGCGUCCCUCGCCGGACCCGCCGGACAGCGUGCGCGAGCGCCGCUUGUGUGCAGAGACUAGGAAGAGUGAGAGGCGCACGCGUUGGCUGCGGCUUGCGGACAUUCCUCUCUGAGCUAUUUGUUAUUAAUUCUAUGGUAGGGCCAGGCCGGAUGGACACCUUUAAAGCAAUUGUGCGCUGUCCAAACAAUGAAGAAUUAAACGGCUCCGUUUUGAAGGAUACUUUCUCCCUGGCACAAACCUGUGAAGAAGUCUGGAUUCGCUGGAGAUGGCUGGACUCAGAACACUUGGGGUUUUUGCUCAUGGCACCAUUAAACCUGUUACCACUGAACUGUCAGCUGCACGACGUUGUGUAACGCUGUACGUUUUCUGGCGAAGUCCCCACCUUCUUCCACUUAGGCACCACUACUUUUUAAUGGCAUUCCAGCUUUAGCAUCAUGAGUUUAUAUAAACCUGACUCUUGAAUGGCUAAACGUUAAUGUGUAGGUGACACUUCGUUCAUAUUAUAAGCGGUGCAGGGGUUUAACAUUUUAAGUAAAAAUCCUUUCACACACUACCUCUCUCUCCUUUUUUUUUUUAACAAAGUUUUAACAUCAGACCUUUUCUCUUGGGAAAAAUACUUCAGGGCUUGACUUUUUGUACAAAUUUUAACUAUAAAGUACAGAUUUGUCUUGUAUGUAUUCACAGAAAAGGAAAUCAAAGCUGCUAGUGCUUUUUAUUUUAAUUAUCCUGCUAAGGGUAUCUGUGAGUGGUGUUUUAAGCUAGAUUUCUCAUUUAAAUUAUCGGUGAAAUAAUUGAUUACUAGACAUAUUGUACAACCAAUAUAGACCCUGGUUAUACAAUAAAGUAUUGACUCGUUGGCGGCCUCCGUUUUUCAGGUGUCCCUUAUUAACAAGAAUAUCAGUGGCCGCAGCAUACAAUUUUGUAGUACUAAAUGUCAAGCCUAACUGUGAAUUUUGUUCUGUAUUUUGAGUAAAUUUAUGAUAAUGUUCUCAUGAGCUAUCAACAAAAAUAUAUGUACUUUUGUGAACUAUGGAUUUUCUAAUUAAAUUUUACAUGCGACAUGA